UCCAGUCAGGACUUAAUUAGCGGCCGCACUGUUUACGUUCCUCCGCAGGCAGACAGACAGGUGAAGAGACACGCAGAGAGACAGACAGGUGGUGUUGGAGGAAUGUCUCUCUGUCCAGAUGUUUUCUCACGGCUCAGAGAGUUUGAUCAAACAAGCGAGGGAGAUCCAGGAGUCUGAGCUGCAGAAGUUUUACAGCAGACUGGUGAAGCUGCUCCAGGCGAAGGAGCUCAGCCAUGAGACUGUGGACUCCCUUCAGAGGCUGCACCUCAUUCUGUCCGCCACCAAGUACACCCGGACGUUGCCUCCUGAGCUUCAGAAGAGACUCCUGUCGCUCCUCUCGUCGCCCUCGGAGCAGCUCCAGGUUCUGGGCUCGGCUGUGCUCAGAGAGACGCUGCCCCUCUCUGGUCAGGAGCUGAACUACAACCAGGAGAACGUCAGCCAGCUGAACAGCCACGCCGCCGCCCUGCUGCUCUCACAGGCGAGAUCGACGGCCGACCUGUCGUCUCUCUGCGCUCAGCUGCUGCGCGGCCUGGAAAGCCGACAAUCGGACGGGUCAGCUCACUCGCUCACACACACCCUGCCCGUCCUUAACACCGUCCUCACACACCGCCCCGAGUGCCUCACUGAAGAUCACAUCACCCUCCUGAGUAAAAAGCUCGUGGACUGGCUGCGUUAUGCGAGCAUCACUCAGGGUGGAUGUGCCUCCUCUGGAGGGUUCUUCACGGGGCCGAGGUCACGUCAGCCGGUGCCCAUAGCCGAGCUGGACGGGACGGUGUCCGGGGAUUUCUUCACCGUGCUGUGUGUGGGUCAGAGCUUCACCGAUGACCAGUGGAUGAACGUCUACUCCUUCUCGAUGCUCCGCCACUGGCUUCUCACCUACCACUCUGUUUCCAAUAGCAACACCACAGCGGACACCGCAAACAGGCUGCAGCUCAGCCUCUCCCUCUCCCACUCCCACUCCUUUUCUAAUGAUGACCGCUCGGAGGUGGACGGGUCGGUGGUUUCUAUGGUUUCAGCCACUUCCUCCUCCAGCCGAUUGCUGCCUCCGAAGGAGCGUCUGAGAGAGAAGGCGUUCCAGUACUGCCAACGGCUCAUCGAGCAGAGCGAUCGCAAGGCGCACAAAAAGGCAGAUGCAGACCUGCAGAAAGCGUGUCUGGUGGAGGCGGUGUGUAUCCUGGACUGCGUGUGCGUCGAGGACGCCUCGCUGGUCUUCCGAACGUUCCCGUGCAUCAAGGCGCUCUUCGGUCGUCUCAGCUCAGAUCUGUCGUUUGCCAGAGUCCUGCUGCCUAUCGCACAGUUCUACCUCAACCAUGGUGAGAUGGCUGCCGUGGAUUGUGAGUGCGUGUGGAGGCUGGUGUUUGCUCGAUUCCCUUCCGAGCUCUUCAACGAUCAGUUCCUGGCACACGAGCUUCUUCGCUUCCUCCGGCUGAACCUCGAGAGUCUGCAGCUGCGGGUCCCGCAGUACAUCCGCUCCUUCCCGAACCUGCUGAAGUUGUUGGCGUGGGACAGCCCGGCGCUGAUGGAUGACUUUGUGGAUCUGCUGCCCUCUCUGGUCACAGCUGGAACUGCAGUGGAGCUCCUCCACACUCUGCUGGACCUGCCCUGUCUCUCUGCCACUCUGGUUUUACAACACAGGUCAGCUGCUUUGCCCAUCGCUGAGUCCAGUGCCCGUGGCCUCCUGUCACUCGAUGCAUUUCGAAGCCCUUCUUUCCGAGGACUUUUCCUCUUCUUGCUUCGAGGCGAAGCAGGUUCAGGCGACACAAUCGACCGGCUGAACACGCUCCACGAGCUGCUGGCCGAGGCUGCCGAUUGGCCGAGAGUCGUCCAGUGUGCGCAGAGCGUCCCUGUGCUGUUGCACAUUUUUUUCAACACAGUCAUCACGAUAGCUGACGAGAAGCUUUUAGCUCACCUGAUUCUGGUGAUGCUGGAAAGAAGCAGCCUCCUCCUCAACAUCCCGAAAUACAUCACAGAGACACACAGGGUGUUCAGCUGCCACCUGCUGAAGUUCUGUAAGCUCCACCCGUCUCUUGUGGUGGACCAGUCUCACGAGCUGCUGGAGUUCGCCGGAGCCACCGCCAACGUCUACAGCAAAGAGGAAAUCUACACGCACGUGGUGUGGGUGCUGGGAGAGUAUCUCUCUGUGUCAUGUGACUCUCGCUGCUCCGUGAAGCUCAUCACUUCCUGUUUCGAGGCGCUGGAGGCGGUGCUGUUUGAGAUCACUUCAUCCGCUCCACCACCCGGAGCCGUUUGCCCUGCGCCGAGAGUCGUCACCACUCUGAUGAGCGCUCUGGCUAAGCUGGCGUCACGAUCACAUGACCUCAUACCCAGGGUGUCUCUCUUCCUCUCCAAGCUAAGAACGGUAACCCGAGGCGGCUCAGUCGCCUGGUGCUCCGAUGAGGACGACCUCGUUGCCAUAGUGACGCGAGGUGAGGAGCUGUGGUCGCUGCUGAAGAGCCCCGGUGUGGCUCAGAGCGUCCUGACCCCGCCUCAACAUGUCAUGACACCCCAGUGGCACAGAGACACCAACGUGGCCACGCCGCUUCGACUGCGAGCCCUCACCAACCUCACACAAUCACAGUGACGCACGAAGCAUCAGCAUGAAGAAAAACAAAUGAUGAUGAAUGAUGAUUUUUGCACAUUAUUUUUGUAAAUAAACGACUUUCUAUGAUCGAAGCUUGACGUAAUGAAGCACAAAACACACGGUGUAAUAUAGUGUCUGUCUUUAAUACAGUGAAAAUAAAAAUUUUGUACAAAA